ACUUCCGGUAAAGGAAAACAACAACAAUGUCGGAAGGUAGUUCAGACGAUACAGGUUCUCAUGACACGUGGGUUCCUUUCAAGGAUAGACCAGAAUGGAAAGAUGUUAAACCUAUUCCACAAGACGAUGGUCCAGAUCCAGUGGUUCAAAUCGCAUAUACCGAUCAAUGUAUAUCAAAUUAACUAUUUUGUCAUGAAGCCUCCACUUGCUCGAUGUCUUUCAUUUUUUCAUUUUACGUAUAAUGACGUAUAGUCGUAUAGUCAGCAUAUUUUAAUUUUUAUUAUCGGUACCUAAUUUCAGGCCAAUUAGUGGGGAUGGUUCGUAAUUCAGAUAAAUUCGUACUCAUCAUUCAUGGAAGAAUAUGCUAAAUUUCUUUCUACAAGUACAAGUGUGUCAGUGUCAUUUUCAGUCAACUUACCUGUACUAACAACUCUGACAACUGCAAUAUUAAUUGAUAACAGUAACAGUGACAAACUCAAAAUGGGGUAUUUGAAUUUGUGGUCUUGACCUAUAAAGGCCGGUACAUUUUGGGUUGGCGGUAUGGGUUUUGUCAAGAUUUGUCUUACCCUAAGUGCCGUACAGCACAGUCACUUUGCGGAAUCCAUCACUGGGCUGUGAAUAGACGAAUAAGGUAGGUAGUUCGGUAAGAUCCGGGAAGUGCCGAAAACCGGGUAUCGUGAUUUCGCUGUCAAAAUGGCGACCUCCACUUUUUAAUUUACCGAGAGUCACGUUGUUUACGACUUUUUAACUAUAUAUAGCCCAGUAUGUUAAUUCUAUUUCUGCCCAUAACUUAGAGUAGACAUGUUGUGUUAUGAUUAGACACUUGAGUCCCCCAAAUAAUUUUGGGGCUUCACUUUGAAAAUUGAAGGUAAAAUAAUUAGGGGUGUGCCGGACCCCGAUCCGGAAUCCGGUUCCGCCGGAUUUUGCACUAUCCGGUGAAAUCCGGUUCCGCCGGAUUUACAUGUAUCCGGAACAACCGGAUUCCGGAAUAUACCGGAUUUCGGAAUUUGCCAGAUUUUGUGACUCACCGGAUCAUAAUCUGAAAUAAAAGUAAUUCUCUUUCCCGAAUUCCACACGAUCACGAUACAUUAAUCGAUUGUUUCGAGCGUUGAGCUUGUUUAAUGUUUAAUAUUCCGUACAUACCAGAGGCUAGAGUCAGCACCGCUAAUAGUGGCCAAUAGUGUAGGGACUUUGAUAAGAAAAUUUAAACUUUUUGUAAAAAUAAACCAAUGGCAUAGUUGAAAAGAUGUAAUUUUUUAAAGAAUUAUAACACCAAAAUCAUAUUUUUAGCUGUUGUAGUUUUAAAGUUAUGAAUUUUUAAAGUACGACUUGGUUUGUCAUUUUUUAACAUGGACUGCAUCUCCACAUUCUGUGAUCUCAUUCCGCCAAUCCCGUCAUGCGCAAUGACUAUAUAGUUUAUAUAAGGCAACGCAUUCCCUGCCUUAUCACUAAAAUACUGUUUAGACUUAGUUUAAACUUUCAACUUUGGCACAUGAAUAAUUAAUUAAAGCUUUCCCUGACCAAUGGUUUAAUAGUUUUUGCACACGGCAAACUCUUAUGAAUGAAACUCUGAGGUAGUACUACGAUACAGUUAUGCAAGUGGCUGUGAAUGGUUGCCAAUGACAACGUGUUGCACACGGUAAAUUCUGAUCAUUUAUAAUAUGGAUUCUACCGGGUUGUUAAAGCUCAAAUUAAAACAUUCCAGUUUAAAUGUCUUUAAAUGCAUUCUGAAACACAAGUUAUCAAUUAUUUUGAUGUAAAUAGUGAUAAUAAAUUAAUAUUUCCUAAGUAUCGUCAACUUCCGCCAUUAAAAAGGGGGGCGUGGCCAACCCCAUGGCGAAAUUAGGUUGAGCGAGCUGCAUAACCUGCUGCGAACGCGUAGAAACAUGGCGUCUCUCGUAAGACACUUAUCCAAAUGGAACGGAACUCAAAUAUAUAUCGAAAGUACUAAUUUAAUAAUAAAUAGACACACACAUCGGAAAAUUAAAAACUCGGAUUUUUUGGCGCCGAUUGCGAAUUCCCAUACACAAAAAGUAGUAGUCCACCUUGACUUACCGAAGUAUCUACCAAUAGUACCAAAAUCCGGAAUCCGGGAGAAACCGGAAUCCGGAUCCGGCGGAUUUCGCAUAAGAAAAUCCGGAUCCGGUUGGAAAAAACGGAUCCGGCACACCCCUAAAAAUAAUGCAAUUUUUACUCAUUCAUAUUUUUUUUGUGGAAAGGAUUCUGUCUUUGAACUUGAGGUACUUUAUAAAUAAUGGCAUUAACUACAACAUAUCCAAGACAUGCUAAGUUAGGCCCAGCCAGUUGGUCAAAAAUUCAUCAAUAAAUUUUAAUCACGUGUGUCCCAAAAUUACCUAUUAUCGUUAAUAUUUGUUGCUAUGUAAAAUAACCUGAUUUACUCUGGAAAUCCAGCAUAUUGCCCCCUAAUAACUCAUUCAAAAACAAAAACAAAUAAUUUAAUAACACAGAUACCUAUCUUAACAACAUAAAUAUAUAUUUUUAACUUGUUUUGAUUCUUUUAUUGAAGGGUAUUGACUUGGGUAGUGGGUUAAACUGAAUUAUUAUUAGCCUCAUUUUUAUUAUAAUUAAUAUAUUAAAUAUGAAAGUUAAAUAUAUAUAAAGUAUAUUAUUUUAAGUAUAGGCCUAGCUCCUGCCCAACUCAUUAUUUGUGUGACACAUUUGUUAUUUGUAAUGAUAUUUUAAUGAAUAUUAUGAUUCUUAAUGCAUAGAUUAAGAAAAAAUAUAAACAAAAAAAAUAGUCACUUACCUUUCAUAUUGAAAUAUCCUAUAUUUAAUCACAUAUCACAAUAUUUCACAAGAGAAUUAUUACAUAAUCCUUGUAUUCUCAAAGAAAAAACACACUUUCUGCCACAAUAGUCCAAGAAUUACUUAAGAUAUUAUUAAUAAUAUUAAAGAACAAUCAUAAAAACUUAUACUUACCACAAGCAAAUGGCUAGAACUUAUUUUAGUUUGUAUAAACCACCAAAGUUGAUUCUAUCAAUGCAUCUUAAUUUGUGAAACAAGAUUACUUACUUGUAAAAAAAUGACAUACUAUUUUUUUUUCAUAUUCAGACAUUCAUAUGAUAUGGGACUAAAAUACAUAUAUAGAAAAUGGUAAAAUAAAAAGUGUAAUUGUAAAUUUUAACUAAAUGAAACAAGUAAUCCCUUUAUUAUUAGUUUAUACUUAUAAAUGUUAAAUAAUUCCACAGAAAAUUUGAAAUUUAUAUCUAAAGAAUAUUAUUAUUAUUAUGAUUCUUGGGAAAUUUUAAAAAAAAUAUUUAAACAAAAUUAAUUAAUUAAUUUCAAAUAAGUGAAGAGUCAGCAUAUUUAUACAUGUUUUAAAAGGAAAAAAUCCAGAUUUUUUUUUUUUUAAUUUUUGCGGAAUAUUAACAAAAACUAACUUAUAUUUUGUGUCUUUAUUUAGAAGUACUCUUAUUUAACUAUGUUCCCUGUAAAUGUUAUAUUUUGUCUCAUUUUACAAUAAAGUUAUAGGCAUUAAAAAAAAAGCAAAUUGAGGGUCACGAAAUGUGGAGGAAAAUCCCAUAGUAAAAAAGUGCCUUUGAGGUCCCUACUAAAAAAUUCAUAACUUUUGAACCACUUGAGCUAGAAAGUUGAUCUUGGUGUUUUUUGUAAUCUAUUCUCCAGGCUCUAUACAGCUGUAGUAUUUUUAUAUUUUUAAAAAUGUUUUGAAAUUUUCAUCAAAGUGGCUAAUUUAAUAAAUGUAUGUGUGUGUAUCAGUGUGUGUGUAUGUAGCAGACCUGUUUACCCUCCAACUCUUAAUAUUACAGGGUGUUCUAGUGGAUCUGAUGAGGUCAAUGAAUGCCUUACUAAAGAUGUGUCUAACGGUAACCAGACAAAACGACAAAAGACAAAACGACAAGUGACAAAACAACAAAGGACAAAACGACAAGUGACAAAACGACAAUGUGACAAAACGACAAGAUGACAAAACGACAAUGUGACAAAACGACUAUGUGACAAAAUGACAAAAUUUAGGUUAGGGUUAGUCUGAUAACCGAAUACCGUGUUUCUCCAAUUAUAAGGCAUGUAAAAUAUCUAAACAAGUUGACGAUACCUUUUUGUUUGUAAGGCAGUGUUUCACAAUCUUUUUUGUGCCAUGCCCCACCUAAGACUUUCUAACAUUCUUGUGCUCCACAUGUAUUAUAUGUGUUGACGAUACCUUUUUGUUUGUAAGGCAGUGUUUCACAAUCUUUUUUGUGCCAUGCCCCACCUAAGACUUUCUAACAUUCUUAUGCCCCACAUGUAUUAUAAUCACAUAAUUUAAAAUGUUCAAAAAUAGGGUUGUUCCCUAAAGAAACUUUAAUAAUAGGUUUUAGGAAGAAAUCAAGAUGAAAUUGGUGAGGAAUCAUAGCAAGUAAAUGUUCAAAACAUUUAUGGAGAACUGACAUUCAUUUACGAAAUAAUUUUAAUGAUAUAUAUUUAUGUAUUAUUUUAAUUAUUGGUAAUUAUUUAUUGUUUAACGUUAGUGAGAUGUUUGUGCUUGAUGCUUGCUGAUAAGAUAUUUUAUGUUAGGUUUCAAUUUAGUUAGCUUCAGUCUCAAGUCUCCCCGUUGUGUGUGUUAUACCCAGCCCAUUUCUUUUCCUUUCUUUCUUGCAGCAAAUCAUUUACGGCACUAAAUCCACAUUCAGCUAAAUAUGAAGAUGGAAACGAUAACAAUAGUUUUCUUGCACAUUUUGGUUGAUUUUGGAUCUUUGAUUUCUGUUUCCCCACAAAGCCAUGUGCUCCUUUUAUAAUUAAUAAAGUUUUAACUGACUCAUCAUUUUGCAUGUCCGCCAGUUCUUCUUGAUACUGCAUAUUUGAAGUAUCAGAGAAAUCCACUAACAUUGGCUGCAUCAUCAAAGUUGGAAAAUCAAUUUGUUUCAAAUCAGAAAAUCUUUCUUAUCAGCCGAUAUAAUUUUCAGACAAUCGACAAUAACAAGUAUAGCGGUAAAAGACACUUCACAUUUUUGGAGCCAAUGCAACUUUUCAAAAUGUGUUUUGUAAAUAUAUUUCUUACAUAAUUCAAUAAUGAAACCAAAUAUCUUCACUUUUGCAUGGAUAAGAAUUUGUUCCUUGAAGUUGGUUAUUUAAUAAAUUAAGUAUUUCAAAGAUAUUGGCUAAAUAACUCACAAAUGCUUUACUAUCGACCGUUAACAGAUCAUUCAUUUCAGGUUUGACACUUUAAAGAGUAUCAAAUAGUUCCAUAAAUCUUUUCAAGCAAUUCCAUUUUGAAAGCCAUCUUACUUCAGUGUGAAGUAAAAGUCUCACACAGUCCGCAUUUUGUUUUUCAAAAAAAUUGUUUAAAGAGACGUUUACAUUUGGCAUUAGCUUUAAUAGCAUUGAUACACUUUAGAACUGAACUUAGUACUUCAUUAAGAGAAGACGAAAUGUUUUUAGCUACCAAGUUUUCCCUAUGAAUAACACAAUGUACAAGUAGCAUUUCUGGAUUCUCAUUUUUUUAUCAAUUUUAAGCACCCAUUUAUUUGUCAACUUAGACUAUUGACUACUUUUAAAAUCAAAAGAUUUUUUACAAUACUUUUAACGAAGGCUUAUUUUAAAUUGAGACUUUAACGAUUCUCCUUUUAAAAUACAAGUUAAAUCAUACUAGCGGGUUGGUUUUCAAAAUCUAGAUAACCCAUUUUCGAUUUGCCCCCCCCCCCCCUUGUGGCAUUAAAGACAGUGGAGGCGUUGGCAUAGGGGGGGGGGGGGGGGGAGCAAUGAAUACUAGAGGAAGGAAGAAAUACUGAGAGCGAGAGAGAAAGGAUAAAAUGAUAGUGAGGGUGAUAAAUAAUUAAAGCGGGGAGGUCGAAAGUUCACAAAGAAAUAGACCCUAUAAUAUCGUAAUAUAGGGUCAUUGACGUAUUAUGCUGUUGGGGUAGCCUACUUCUCAUGCAAUACAUUAAUAGCCUAAAAUAAAGUUUUUUGACAGUAGAUCUGACAGUCAUCUAGCAAGUAUUGGUCUUAUUUUUUUUUGGAUCAUAUUUUAAAUUUAGGCUACUAGGUAGAACUUUAUAAGAUAUUUAAACCAAGAUAACAGAUUUUAAAAAAAAGUUUUUGCUGGCGACCUCUUGUCACAUGACAUGUCUGCCGGAAUAAUAACACAUACUAGUCAACGUGCUGUCACGUGACAUGCCCGCCGGAAGAAUAUCUCCCGCACUAUUUGUCCGGUAGCCGGACGUGUAGACACUGCCUAUUUUGAAUUAUUUUGCGACUUAUAGCCUAGCAUGCAAAUUAAUUUACCGGCUGGAAUUAUUUCAUCAAAUUUUAAAUUUUUGAUCCUGUUUUCAUUUCUCUUGGUAACUAGCUAAAUCAGCUAAUGAUGUUUUUUUAAAAAAAAUAAAUAACUUGAUUCACACUGGAAAUCCAGCAUAUACCCCAUAAAAAUUGAUUUUAAAAAAAAAUAAAAUAUUUCAAUACAUAAUAACUUGACAGUUUACACUUAAUCUAUCAAAAUGUCUGUAAUUGCUGUAAUUGGGUUGUGCGGUGCCAGUAUUAAAAAAACAAAACAACUGAGACUGUACAGUCUUAUCUCUUCCUAUUUGGGGUUUUCACAUAUUAAAUAUCUGAGCAUUAAACUACAAUAAAGUAGCUACACCUUGGGCACUAAUAAGAUUUGUUUAUUGGCAGUAAAAUCAUAUCUGAGCAUGUAUGAUAUGUACAUUCAAAAGGUCAAUUUCAAUGAAACUCAGCACAUAAGGAUGGUUCAUUGUUAUUUUUUAUCAAACAUUUUGUUAUUAGGAUAUUUACUCAACCUCUGCACUUUGUUGUUGUUCUUCUAUAUUUUGAGGGCCUCGAACAAUGUACCGGGUAUUGAUCAUUCUGGCUCCUAUGUUAAAAAGGGGUUUGCAAUGUAACUGCAUGGUUUUGAAAGGGAUACUUCACUGGUUGCAAGGGCUGCUCAGCGAUGAUAUAUGAGCUGAGUGUUGGAAGACAGGAGGCAUUAGAUGCAAAUGUGUCAAGUGUAGUCGCCUAAACUUUUGCUUUUGGAAGCUUGUUCCAGUUCCUUAUUGUCUUUGGCAGGAAUGAGGAGCUCCUGUACUGAGUUCUUGUUUUUACCAACCGAAAGUGCCUGUCAUGGCCCUAUCGCUGUCUAGUGGGGAGAGGGGUCCCAGACUGAAGAUGCAUACGCUAAAAGGCUCCAUAGGCUUUUUCUUUCCCCUAUGGGUUUGCUCUUUUUUUGCCGUAACUGACAAGGCUACAUUCAAUGGCUCACCCUGAAUAUGUGUGGAAGGAAGCAUUGCAUCUAUUCAUAGCAAAUUUUACUUAAUGUACUUUUUGCUCAGCCCAUUGCAUAAUAUACUGGCCUGGCCAUACCCGUCACCUGCCAAAAUUUUAAUGAAAGAAAAUUUCCAUUUCUUGUUUAGAAUUUUAGCCUUUUGGUCGAGGCGUACAUACAAUUUUUUAUUUUGAUUAGUUCUAAACCUAAUAUCAUUUUCUGAUUUUAUUUUUUCUUCUUCAGUCUAAUAAAUUUUUUUUAAAAAUUCAAAAAUCCAAGCAUCAUAUGUAACAUUAAUACACAUUGCCAUUUUUGCAUAAUUGAUAUCAGUUUGUGAUUACUUACAAAGUGAAAUAGCAGCCAUAGGCAUAUGUUUUUAUCAUAUCCUUUAAUUUAUGCUUCCUCUACUUCAAAGUUCAAUUUAUUGGCCUAUUGUUAAUGGAAGAUACUCACACCAGUCAAAAAAGUUAGAAUGAAGUACAUACUUUUUUUCUAAUACUUCAAAAGAAAUUUCCUUAAUUUUUUUUUUCUUUGAAUCACCCCAAAAUCUCUUUUUGUGAGCAGAUCCUGUUAUACACAUUCCACCCUCACUCUGUGCUAACCUCAUCCACCUUAAUAUCCACUAUCUUUUUCUUCUUUUUAACUCUGCCCCUAAUCCUCAACUGCCAUCUCCUAAUAAAUUAACUCAAAUGGAGCUCCAGAAAUAUAACCUGAAGCCAAUCUCUCCAAAAAUGGCAUCUCCAAAGCCCCAUUCAAAAGUUAAGAUUUUUUUAAAGACAAGUUUUAUAACCAAAUCAUUUUCAUGGCAUAAUAUUAAUAAAAUGUGGAAUUAUUUAGGCAAAAGUUUUAUACAGUUGAUUAAAGCUUCAAAAUAGCUGAAUUUUUAUUUUUUAAUAGAAUGUGAAAUAUAAUUUUACUUCAAUGUUAUUUUCUUUCAUAUUCACAGUUCGUGAAGUGUAUGAUUAUUUUCGUGCAGUGGUAGCUGCAGAUGAAAAGUCUGAAAGAGCACUCAGUCUUACUAAAGAAGCUGCAGAACUAAAUCCGGCAAACUACUCCGUUUGGUAAGUAAUGGCAUAUGUGCUGGCAUUUAGGUCACAAUCAGCGGAUAGACCCAAAGUCUGCUGCAGAUCCAUGUUGUUUCUAGUGGAUACCUACACACCCAUGAUUUUUAUGGUAAUAUGAUAAUUUUCUAAAUUUAUUUAGAAAAAGCUUAAAAUAAUUUUAAUUUCCAAUACAUUAGUGGUGAUAACACAUGAAUUUGUUGAUAACUUAAAUUAUUUUUGUGUUCUCUUUAGGAACUACCGUAGAAAUAUCUUGCAGGAUCUAAACAAAGACUUAAGCAAUGAAUUGAAGUAUAUAUCACAAGUAAUUGAAGAUAACCCUAAAAAUUAUCAAGUGUGGUAAGCAUUGGAUUUUGUAUAAUGCCAUUUAAAUAUAUUUAGUUGCAUUACUUACAACUUACAUGCACUAUGAUUUGGAACUUUCAAGUUGGCAUUUUUUUUUUUUUAAAGGGAUUUAAUUAUUUUGGUUUUGGGCAGUUAUCCAGUUAUAUCAGGAGUAUAUUAUAUUAAGUUGCAUCAUAUUCUUUCUGUUAAGCACUGGAUGACUAUAAACAAGCUUAAAUUGAACGAUGAAAAGACUGAGCUGAUCACCAUUGCUACCGCUCAAAAGCUUAAAUAUAUAAAUAAUAAACAAACACUUACUCUCUCAGGUAUACAGAUUGAGUUUGCUCAAACAGUGGGAAACCUGGGUGUCUACUUAGAACACUAACUAUGGAAAAUCACAUUAACAUGCUUUGCAAGGCGAUUUUUCUAGAGCUGUGCAGAAUUAGUCAUAUCAGACUGUUACGCACUGACUUGUAUUGGGAGAAAUUAAUCUCCUAUUUUAAUUUUAAUUGGCUCAUUGUAAACAGUGCCUAACAAAGGACGAUACCAUAUAAUCAACAAUAUUAAGGAUACGACCCAAAACAGUUUCUAGUUACAAUUAAUUAAGAUUUAUUAUGUCUUAAGAUAAUUACAAAAGAAAAUAAAAUAAAAUUACAAUCUUCAACUUACAGUAUGGUAGAUCUCGUACCGGUACACAGUUAAUACAAUUAGAAAUAAUGAUGCCAAUAAAUAAUGCGAAAUAAACACAUAUAAGUAGGAGCACACAAAUACACAAAGAAUAAAACACGCCUCGUAAUGUUAAGAGAAUCUAUAUGAAAAUCUCCGUCUCUCGUCGUGCCUGUCAAUCCCUUAUAUAGGUGGGUCUACCGACGCCUAAGCCCUGCCUUCUACAAGCUACAAAUCCCAAUCAUUCUACCAAAUACUAUUUGGAGCAGAUUAAUUAUUUUUAUUCGUUGGCGCGUAAACAAGAAUACAUCAAAGACCUAAGCCACACCCCUUUGUGAACACAGCGUCUCAUGCAGGGUCAAUCAGAGGGCACGCACGAGAAAUAUUAUGUAAACAAGCUCUCUAUAACACAGACCUUUCUUAACGUUAGAUGCAUCAAAGAAGCUGAAGGCCGCAUUCGUGCUAUCAGGCAUGGACUACUGCAAAGCUCUUAUGGUGGGUCUUCCAGCUACACUCCUGGAUAAAAUUAAAAAAACACAGAAUAAUGCGGCUCGCAUUGUUCUUCGAAAACGCAAAUUCGACCAUGCUAAAGCACUUCUGAGAGAGUUCCAUUGGCUGCCGGUCCGCGCUUGCAUAGAGUACAAAAUUGCAACUCUGUGUUACCGCUUCUUGCAUGACCUGGCACCGUCCUAUCUCAAAGCGUUACUGACGCCUUAUGUAUCCACUAGACAACUCCACUCAUCUGAUAGUGGCAGACUUUCGAUACCAUGUGUUCACCUUGAGACUUACGAGGGGCCCACUUUCGCAUUUGCUGGCCCAACAAUUUGGAACACCCUUCCUGUCACUCUCAGAAACAGCAAGACACUGGAGUCUUUUAAACUGAUUUGAAGACUUAUCUAUUUCGCAAACACCUACUGGGAUGAUGUUGUCUAUCUAGAUAUUAUCUUGUAGAUGUAUAUUGGCCUGUGUUGUUUAUGGUAUGAAAGACUUAGAAUGGGUAUUCUUGUAGUUUUUGUAAUGUUGCAUUUUGUACUUCAAUUUGGUAUGUACCGCGCUUCAAGCCUUUGGGGAUGAAGCGUGGUUUUCAAAUAAUCUUUAUUAUUAUUAUGGUUAUAAUUGGUGGUGUAUAAUUGGUGGAUAUAUGUAGGGGGAGGGGGUAUGCAAAUUUUACUGCGCCUGGGGCGCCGGCCCUGAUUUCUUUAUAGCCCACGAAUGACUUUAAAUUUUCAAAUGGACCUUGGCAGAAGAAAAGGUUCCACACCCCUGCUCUUAAUGAUUCUUUAGCUCAGUAUAUACUUAUUUUAAUGAAGCUUUCCCUUGAUUUUUCAAUGUCAAAAUAUGGGAAGCAAGAAAAUUCAUGGUGAAUCAAGUAAAUGCAUGGGAAAUCUUUUAAAUUUAACAAAUUAGUAUCAUUUUAAUUUAUACUUACGGGGUGCCGCGCUCCAGACGAAUGGUUUCAUCUGUGCAUAUUUUUUCAGCUUUCGUAAUAGUUCGGAGAUUUUUACAAAGUUUUCUUUGGAAUCAAGGCAUGUUGAAUGUGUUUUAUCUGCUUUGACUGAUAAUCUUGUGGUUUUUUUAUCACGAGCAACAUGUGUCUAUUGGAUUUUUUGGACAUUGUUGCCAUAAACCAAGACAAAUUUUUAUCCGCCAUAUUGGAAAAUAUGUUCAAACAAAAAUCCACGACUCUGUUCUCACUCAAAAACUCAACAGUUAUUCUUUUCGAAUGUCUUGCUACAGACUAAUUUUAAGAAACAACGGAAAACUCAAACAUGUAUUUUCAGGACUGAAAAAAACUUAAUUAUAAUUACUCCCAAGAUUGUAGUGAUACAUAUACCUCAAUUUACAAUCUUUCUAUAUUUUCAUUAGGCACCAUCGUCGAGUCAUUGUGGAAUGGUUAGAAGAUGCAAAAGAUGAGCUCCUGUUUACUGAAAAGAUCCUUCAAGAUGAUGCAAAAAACUACCAUGCAUGGCAACACAGGUAUGGUGAUCAAGUUUUAACAGGAAUUUAAAAAGAUUGUUUUCCUACAUUUCUAUAAAGUCAUAUAUCUGAUAAGCAGCACCCUUUUUACUUUCUUUGGAUAAUAAGCUAAAAAUGCUACUGGGUGAUCCUCAGUUCUCCUGUAUUUCUUAUAUGUUACAUAUUUCAAUAUAUUUUUGUUAAAAUCUUAUUUUUACAUUUUUCUACUUCCUGUAAUCUUUUCCAUUUCAACUUACAAUUAGAUCAUCAUAAAACAUUUAAAUUUACUAGUACUGUCUUCACAAAUCUGCAUUAAUUAUUAGAGUGCAAAGCACCCAGCUUAUUGACAAAUAACCUAAUGCUGUUAUUUAAAAGAAGCGAGUAGAUUAAAAGCUUUUAAUGCAUUGGUCCCCAAAACUGUGCUCAUUGCAGUGAUUCACACAUAUUGGAAUAGGCCUGUAACUAAUUGCCCAUGAUGCAAAAAUAUGUUAUUCAAUUUUCAAAAAAGUAACACUGCCAUAAUUUUUGUAAAAUAAAAAAAAAAAGCAGGUUAAAUGUUAUGUAUAUUAAAUAGCUUUAUUAACUUGUUGCAACCAAGUAAACAAAUGUAGCAUUAAUUAGAGGUAUUGUAUUGGAUAUUUUACUAAUUAAUGUAAUAAUAUUCUUCAUUUUAAAAAAAAGUUCAAGGAAAAAUUAUCAAUUAUUAACUGAUAAUCAAACAGAAGUUCAGCCAUUUGAAUUAUUCUUCUCUGUCCUGACUUUUGAAAUAUAAUGUUAUGUAUCACACUUGUUAAUUGUUAAAAUUUUAUGAGUUACUCUGGAUUCCCUUUUCAAGGCAAUGGUGUAUUCAGCAGUUUUCUCUGUGGGCUAAAGAGCUAGAUUAUGUUGAUAAACUCCUGAAGGAAGAUGUUAGAAACAACUCAGCUUGGAACCAGAGACAUUUUGUUAUUAAGAAUACCACUGGGUACACAGAUGAUGUUGUAGUAAAAGAAUUGAAGUAAGUAAGCUGAAAAUUUGAUGAGCAAAGACAAGGUCUUUUUGAAAAAAAUCUAUGAAAAUUGAAUUAUUGCAUUUAAGAAAGAACACUUAAUAUUACAUAAUUUGCUAUUCAUAAUUUUUUGUUUGUUUGUGUUAAGUUUAAUCCUGCUACAUUCAAUAUACUGAAUAGGCACAUUUCCAUGGACACAAAGAAUAAAUUUAAAUAAGUAAAAGUCUUGAAAAAAGAAGAGCUUCUGGGCUACGUGUGGAUCAAGAUUUCAAACAAGUGAAGUGUGAAGGGCAGGUUAAUAAAUAUAUCAAUAUAUAAGAUUUGUCCAGCUUGAUAUAUGAUAUUUAAAUUCACCCAACUCAUAAAGGGCUGUGUGCACAGAAUGGGGGAGACGGUUUAAUAUGUCUAUAUAUAUAUGUCAUUACAUGGAUAGGGCUAAAAUAUGUCAUUACAAGGGUAGGGCUGAUAAGCUAUCAGUUAAGUUUAAAAAAAAAAUGUUAUUAUUAUGUUUUGUAUUUGGAAAAAGAUAGGUAUUUAUGCAUUUAGUUAGAAAGAUAUUUUAUAUUUAACCAUAAUUAUAGAGUUGCUAUUUGCUUUAAGCGAAGAAAUGGUAAUAAGUGGUGCCUCUGAUUCCAAAACAUUUGACACUUGCACAUUAGAAAUGUAUUGUUUUAUAUAUUAUUUAGAAUACUUGAGAAUUUCACUGAAUUGUUUUGCUUUCUCAAAUAGAUAUGCCCAAGAUUUCAUCAGGAAAGCCCCAAAUAAUGAAAGUGCCUGGAAUUAUAUGAAAGGGUACAUUUGUUUGUUUGUUUUGUAAUAUGAUGUAAAGCAAUGUAACACAACUUUGCAGAGUUCAGCAGUUGAAAAGAAAAUGUAACAGAAUUGCUUAACUGAUUAGCUAACACAUUGUUGCUGAAUUAAAUGUAGGUCACAUUUUCCCACAUGUAGGUCUAUGUACAAAUGACAGUUUCCAUUUACUUAUUUAUUAACAUAUAUUUUAUAAAUAAUGUACAUAAAUAAAUUUUCUUUAAGAUAAAUCUAAAACAAAUUUUUCUUAAGAUUGUUAAAUUAUUAUUUAUAAGAGAAAAGCAUUCAACAGUUAUAAAAAUGUGCCAACUUACCUUCAAGUUUUAAAUUUACAAAACAAUUAAUUACUAAUUAUUUUCACUUCCAAUAAUUUAUGUAAUCGCAUCUUAUUGAAUAAGCAUAUUUCCAACUACAUACAGUAUGUUUGGUAACCUUAUCACUACUUGCCAUGAAAUAUACUUGCUAACUGUCCUCAAAAUACGAUAAAUAAGACAAAAAAUAUAUUUUUUGAAUAAAGUCUGAUUAUGGUUUUUGAGUUAACUUCCUGUCAGUAAGUUAACAUCUCACACAGAAACAAAACAUAGAAUGUAACUAUAUUACUAGUUUUUCCAUGAAAAAAACUGUAACACAGCGGCUCAAAAAUGUAUUUAUUUUUAAGUUAUCAAGAAACAGCUUGAACCGGAAGAUGAUUUAAUUAUUAAAUAAAUGGAAGUGGCUAUAAUUCCGGUUAAAUAUUGGAUUGGAAGUUGCUAUCGGACAGUGUUUUUUUAUCGGCCGAUUUUUUUCGGCCGCCAAUGUACAGAACGAGAAUGUCGGCCGAUUUUUUCGGCCGAUCACAGUUCGUGGGUUAACAAAAUUUCAUUUUCCAUAACAUUUAAAAAAUUUGAAUAUUCAUUUUCAUGUCAUUGCACUCUGCAAGUGCAUGAAUCUGAAUUAUUAGGAUCCUCUAUUAAGUAUCUACGACUUCACAUUUUUAACUUCUUUAAUUUCAUUAGUGAGGCCAAUAAAAAAUAUUUGAUAAAAUACUUAUUAUUAAAGAAAAUAAAGCAAUUUCUUGUAUAUAUACAAUGAAUAUUUUCCUACCAUGGCCUUGUAUAUGUUUGUUCACUGAUAUUAUUUUGAAUAUUUUAUUAUUUUGAAUAUUUAUGUUGUGGCAAUUAUCAGCUAUCUGAUAAUUUAGAUAUUUGAAAAAGCAAAAUAAGUAUAAUGCACUAUUCAUUAUAUAAAGUUUAUUUGAAAUUAUGAAUUACUACCUUGUGUAAUGAUAUUUUGUAAAUUCUCUGUACUCCAAAGUAAAUAAUUAAUCUCUUUACAUAAUGCACAAAUUUAAUUUCUAUAAAAAUACAGGGUACUUUUGGAUCGCAAGCUUUUUGAUAAUCCCAGUGUCCUGGAGUUUUGUCAUGAUUUGUACUCAAAGCAGAUCCGGUCACCAUUUCUUAUUGCAUGCAUGAUAGAAAGCUAUGAAGAAAUGUUAGAGUUUGGAAAGCCUAAAAAAGAAGAAACUUUGCAGAAAGCCUUACAGGUAUAUAUAGUUAUGUAUGUAGUGUAAUGUGUGUUGAUUUUUAAAACAAAUCAACCAUAAAGAAAUUGUUGCCAUAUUUAAUGUUGAACCAUUUGAUACCAUAAUCAGAACAGUAUAAGGAAUCAAAACGUACAUUUUUUAUUUUUGUCCCAUGUCCUUCCCAUCAUGAUUUAAAAUUUCAGUGCCAGAUACAAUUGUAAUUGUAUUUAAAAAUUUCAAAAACCAAGUCUUGAUCAGCUGAAGUACUCUAAAGAUACCGUACUUUAGUGACUAAAAAGAAAGUUAUUCUUUCUCUUAAAUGUCCUGCCGUCAUCUUUUUUGGUCUGAAAUAAAUUUGGUUUAACAACUUCUUAUAAAUUUCAAUUAACGCAUUGGUAUGUUUCAAGGUAAAAAAAAAAAGGAAGAAAUAUGUAUGUCAUUCAAAUAAUCUUUUAGGAAUUCCCAUGGUAAAAAAAACAUCUUGUAGGGCUAUGCACACUUUAAUAAUUUAUUUUACCUAAUGGUGCACUAAAAAAAUCUACCAUAGGUGAAAUAGAUGUUUUAGUAAAUGCCAAAAUUAUUUAUCUUUCUGGUCUUGAGGAUAUUGUUUUUUUUAAAAUACAGUUAUGCAAUGAACUUGCUGAGGAACAUGACACACUACGCAAAGAAUAUUGGCAGUACAUGGGUCGCAGCAUUGCUUCCAAAUAUGGUACUGAUGUAUCAGGUGACUCCUAGUGUGUACUCAAGAAAAGUGGUGAUUUACAGAUAUUUAAAACAUAUUUGAAUUUUUAUUUCUUUAGCUGUUAGCCGCCAUUAGGUCCUGAGACUUUUCUACUAUGUAAAUUAUUAUUUUUUUAGGUGGCACAUUACAUAUUUUGUAAAUUUAAAUCUUUUUUCUGUUGUUCUAAGAAAAUUCUUUAUGGCUCGUUUCCUUUUUAUGAGCUUCUUUUGAGGUUAACUUUUUUUUUCUUCUGCUAACAACAUAAUUUUUUAAUUAGUUUGUUCUAGAUCUUAAAAAUUGAAUAAGCUUUUAUAAAGUAGUAAUUCUUCCGUCAAUUUAUGAAUCUUUGCAUCAUUUUUGACCAUUGUCAGACUUUUGAUAACCCAGAUUUGGAGAUAUUUUGGGCUGUUAUUAAUUUAAAAAAAUCAGAUUUAAGUAACUGAAAGCCUUAAACUUAAACCUUAUAUUUAUUAAUUUUUAUUUACAGCUUAAAUUUCUAGGAAGCUCAAGGAUUUCAGAGCUUACAGAAACACAUUUUAGAAAUGUUGUAGUAAGAAAUGAAUUUAAAUAACAAAUUUCCAUUUAUUAGGAUCAAUAAAAAUAUCUUAACUAAAGAACUCCUUUGAAAGAUAAACAUAGUGUAUUCACCACAACUGUGCAGUAUUAAAUAAAUAAUGGUUGUAUUAAAUUAAAAAUGGUUGUCUGGCUUUGAGAACAUAUAAUUUGAUAUUUUUAUAUGAUUAUGUAUUGCUGUGGUUGCUGUUGUAGUUUUGUGCAUCUACCAUGAGUGAAAUGUGUAUCAUAUAUUAUUGGGUUAUUUAUUGUCUUGAAAUGUUUGAAAUAUGUUCAAUAUUAAAGUUAUAUUAUAAAUGCAAAUGUAUCACUCAAUCUGCUAUUGGAUCCACAAUGAUAUUGUGAAUCCCACCCCAAGAUUUUUUAUCUGGAAGUUAAUUGCAUGCAGAUUUCAUAAAUUUAAAUUUACAUUCAUGCAUUGAAAGAAAUCAGUUUUUUUUGACAGUCUGACCUCCAUUGUCUCUUACAACAAAAAAAAAAGACCUCUGGUCAAAUCUGAUGAUUGUGGUAUUCCAAAAUAAUAAGAUUUUUUAAACUGUUAUAAAUAAAAAAAAUUGCUUUUAGAAGUUUCUAAAAUUUCCUGUUAGAAUUUAAGAAUAAAUUGACGAUGCCAUUCUAGAAACUUUAAUGUGAAGGUAUGAAUCAAGAGAUUGGCUUCACAAUAUCAUGCGGAAUCUAUUUAAUUUUUUUAAAGCAAUGAUAAUGGCAUUUCCACAUUAAAUUAAAAGACUGUCAAAGUGUGAAUAUCUAUAUUUUGUGAUGUUAUUGCUUUAUUGAUCCAUGUUGCCCCUUUCAAGCAAGAUUAAUUAUUUGGUUUCAGAGUUAUAAUAAAAGCAUUUUAACUAUUUACUAAGUUCCAUUUUUGAAAGUUCCUAAGUAUAUAACUUGAAAAAUGUAUCAUAUGCAGUAUAUUUAUCUUUUUUUUUAAAUGUUAAAAGGCUUCUAAUUUGCUCACAAAUAAUAAAAAAGCAUUAGUGUGCACAUAUCAUAUUUUUGUAUUUUUAAUUUUAUAUAUAACGAGCCAUGUUACUUCUGAUCCUAGGGAUCUCAAACUGCCUUGGUGUGUAAGCUCUUGAUAUUUUUUAAGGCUUGUUUGAAUUUAUGGUGUAAUCUCAGCCUUCUCUUUUUUGUUUUGUUAAAGCUUUAUUGUUUUGACUAACUAUUGUCUCAUAUAUUUUUAAAGAGAUGUUAGGAGUAUCAUGAAGAAUUUAACUGUUGCAUUUUGAGAUAGUAGUUAUUUAUAUCUGCUUUAAUUUUUUAACUAGUCAAGGACAUUCACUGGUCAAUUAUGCAACAUUUUGGAAUGGUAAGUUAUUACAUAGUUACAAAAUACCAUGUUGACAUCGCAGCUUGUAGGUUUUGCUCCCAUGUGUUCAUGAUUUCUGACACAAAGAUACAUUUUGUCAAUGAUUACUUUGAUUUAAAAAAAAAAAUGUUUCCAAUAAUAGCUUUAUGCAAGACAUGUUAUUAUCUCUGUAAGGAAAAGACAAAGUGAUAAUAAAUAAGUUUCAUUGAACUAGAUAUUUCCCCUCAGUAAGUUCUAUUAAAAUGUCAUGCAAGUAUUAACUUUUCACGUUAAUGAUGGUUCAAUAUAUUAAGACAAACUUUUGAGAAAUACACUAAAUAAAAAAUGUUCUUCAAAAUUCGAAAUGUGGGAUUAUUGGGAGGAUAUUUAAGUAUAAGGGAAUAUUAAUGUAGCCCAUGAUCUAACUAUUUUUGUCUUGCUCUAAUUACUGGUACUUAAAUUUAUUUUCCUUAUCAGCCCUUAUUUCCUGUCUUAUAUAGAAGGUUGAAUUGUAUUUAAGCUUUCUUACUUCAUUUGUCAGUCAAUCUUUAUGUUGACUAGGAUACAAUGUUAUUCUGGAAUCCUUGUUGUGCAGCAAUGAAGUAAUUUCAAGUACUGUAAUUUUUUUGUUUCUCUUCACAACAUAAUUAUUUUUAAUGCAUUUCUAAAAUAUAAUUUUAAUUGUGAUUCCUUUUUUUUUAGUUCUGUAAUUUUAGUGUGUGACUAAUUUGUUUGUGCAUGUAACUAAAAAAUAAGAUGAUAAAUUAAUUUGAAAUUAUUGUCCAUCAUUUACAGUUGGUUUUUAAAAUGUUCAAUGUUUGAGCUUAAUUUGAAAACAUUUUAGGUGUAUAUUUGGAACAAUUUUGGUUAAUACCCAGAGUUUUGAUUUUUUGUUGUCUUUCCGCAUUUUCAAUAUUUUCUAUUUAAACUCAUUAAAAUCUAUUAUAUUUUACCAGUUGAUAGCUAGACUUGAUAUGUUUCAUUACAAUUACAGUGACAAAAACCACAUGUAUUUGGCGAUUGAAAUUAUGAAAAUGGUUUUCAUUCCUACUUAGUUUUUCCCAAGUUAUUACUGCAAUGCAAAGAAAUACAAGUUUUAAAAAAAUUAAGUUGAUUACAGAAGUAAUGCAAUUUCUUAGAAUCAUGGAUAAGCUUUCUUUGACUAAUAAUUAGCAUAAUGUUAUAUAAUUGCAAUAAAGCAUGUAUUAUAAAUUUUUUCCGUAGCAAUUUUUAAAGUUUUAAUAUCUUUCUUUGCAUGUAAUUGUUUUACCAUAGAUGCAUGCAUUUUUGUUAUGUGUGGUAGCUUUUGAGUGUGUUGAGUGUGGACUAGUUUUCCUGGUUUUACAAAAAAAAAAAAAAUAAUUCAGUCUUCAUUUUAAAAAAAAAUGUAUAUAGACAUUCCCUUUAAACUUAAAAUAUGUGGUGCUAUCUGUCUUGUUCAAACUGAUUGCCUCACAAUAUUAUUAGUUCUUGCUUAUGAACUUCCAAAGAAAUAGUAAUUUAUGUCACAUUACUGGUAGCCAGUUCAUGACAUAAUGCAUAUUAGAAAACGAUUUGUUUUUGUAACACAGAAAUAAUUAACAUGGAAAUAAAAUAACACAGUUGAGUUUCUUAACAAAUAAUUUAAGUAAAAUUACCAUGGAACUCAUUUUUUGGGGUAAGUUAAGUUAUUAGCUUUGAAAAAUUGAAAGUUAUUUUGGCAUUUUUUUGUUUGGGGAUAUAAAAUUAUUAUUCUCAAUAUGUUUUGUGUUUCUGAUAAUAUCUUUGUGUUCAGAACAUUUCAGUUGAUAAUUCAAAAUCACUGCAGCCUAUGAGUAAGCUCUCUUUACCUUUCAUGUGUGUCAAAUAAAUUUCAUGCCCAUUUAAUUUCAGUGUUCCAUUUAUUUUUUUUAUUUGUAGGUCUGCC